AUGAUGCUAUUAGGCAACGAGAAAUUAGUUCAGGAGGCCAGGAAGCUUGUGAGUGCCUACGGCUUAGAAGCAGUUGAAGUGUGCCUCCACAACAUCCGCAAUGACAAGGAAUUGGGAAGAGAAAAAGGUCUUUCGGACGAGACGAAUGCCAUUGAAGACCCUGAAGUCGUUCCAGCUUCACCCGCUCCAACUCCGGCCCCUCCCAAGUCAGACGACAUAUCCCUCGCUUCAGUACUUGCUACUGCUACGAGCAUAAACAAGGAUCUUGACAAGGCUCUACAGCUUGUUCACGACCGCAACAAGAAAGCUUCUGCGACUGUGGGUUUUCAGAUGAACUCCAGUGAUGACCGUAAAGUCAUGGCGGCCAUAAUCGACGCAUCCUUCGAUUCUCUCUUUGCUAUUGACUUGAAUGGCUGCAUUCAAUUCGCAAACCAAACGGCUGCACAGGUCUUUGGCUACGAAAAGGAAGAGUUGAUCGGCAGUAACAUCUCUUGCACUGUCGGGGGUGGCCAUGCUGCUUCUCAUGAUGGAUACCUCCAAAAGUACAAGGAAACAGGGGUCACCAACUUGAUGGGAUCAAUGCGAGAAGUACAAGCAAGGCGCAAAGAUGGAACAGAGUUUCCAGUGAAGCUGGGCAUCAAGAGAGUGUAUCGACAAAACAACGACUUGCUUGUGGCUUUCAUUCGGGAUAUCACUGAGCAGAAGAAAGCUGAGGCACUGCAAUCCAAAGUACAAGAAGACCAAAAAGUGAGGGCUGCCAUCUUGGAUGCUUCCUUUGAUGCCAUGUUUGCCAUUAAUCUGGAGGGCAAGAUUGAGCUGGUGAACCUGGCUGCUAUCAAGCAGUUUGGAUAUGAUAGCCAAGAAGGCCUUGUUGGCAACAACAUUGACAUGAUUGUUGGUGGGGGGCAUGCCAGAUCUCAUAAUCAGUACCUGAAAAAGUACAAGGACACAGGCGUUGAAAGGCUGAUGGGAACCCUCAGAGAGGUCAAGGGCAAACGCAAGGAUGGAUCUGAGUUCCCUUGCAUCAUUGGAAUCAAGAGAGUUGACAGGAAUGGCAGUAGUGAUAAUCCUCUCAUGGUGGCCUUCAUUCGGGAUAUCACCAAGCAGAAGGAAGCAGAUGCACUCCAGUUGAGAGUCCAGGAAGACCAAAAGGUCAGGGCUGCCAUCUUGGAUGCCUCCUUUGAUGCCAUGUUUGCCAUUGAUCUGGAGGGCAAGAUUGAGCUGGUGAACCUGGCUGCUAUCAAGCAUUUGGAUAUGAUAGCCAAGAAGACCUUGUUGGCAACAACAUUGACAUGA